AUGUUUGUUUGCAGGACUCUAUGCUACCCAAACUAUUUCUGGGAUAAUGGAGAAUGUAAAGCAUGCCCAUCCGGAUAUUUUGGAACGAACUGUUCUAAACGAUGCCCCUAUCCUUACUAUGGUAAAUUGUGCAAGAAAGUGUGUCUUUGUAAUGCUACAGAUUGUGAUCAUGUCUUUGGAUGUCAAAGAAAUAAUUCAGAGAUUGAGACAGCAACAGGGAUCACCAAAUCAGAUGUAUCAUCAACGAAAGAAAAAUCCGAAUAUUCAACAACUCAAACGGAAUUAUAUGAAAAGCAAGAAAAACCCAAACACUCAACACCUCAAACGAAAUUAUAUGAUUACCAAGGUAACGUGAAAAACGAUAAUUUAAGAAUACCGGUUAUAAUUGUGGGUUGCAUCCUCAUUUUCCUAAUAGUUGUGUAUGGAUUAAAAUGGAUUUUAAAGCCAAUAAGAAAAACAGGAACAUUUGAAUUACCUAGAGAAGAUUAUGACCCAACAACCGAAUAUCUAGAGAUUAAUGAAAUAUUUGAACAAGAGUCCGUGUCCAACACAAUCAGUGCAACCGUCACAGCAAGGUCUUGA